AUGAACUUGGCUACUAAUACAAAUCGCCAAGAACUUUACAAAAACAUAACUUCAAUGGGUUUUAAAAGAAGUUACUCCUCUUUAAACUACGAUGUUUCGAGAAAAAAGGUCUUAAAUGUCCUAGAGAUUCCUCUGAAGAAACUCACAAUUGAAGACCCAUCCGAUGAUCUUGAUGUUGAAAUGGUUCCUCGUAACCGUAUCGCCUAUUACAAAAACAAAUACACAGUUGUCGUAGAGGAUUUGGAUGCUGAACUUGAGGAAGAAGAGGACAAUAAAAAGAAAAAUAGUUCUUCUAAUGCAGAAGAUCAAUCGAGAGUAAAGCUUUCGGUUAUAUCUCCUUUAGAGAAAAAGUUGAAACGAGAUUUAUUUUGCCUUCUCUUUGAGCGUCCAACAGAUAAAAAGGAAUUGCCUUGUUCUGGCUACUCUUCAAGCUGCAAAUCUGUUCCUUCUGUAACUUUGCCCGAAUCAAAAAAGCUUUUUGAAGAAGGAAAGUUGUCCUUCACCACGAACCGUACGAAAGGGUCUAGAAGAUCACUCGAAUCCUCAUACGAUCUCGAUUUGGGCUGA